AUGUUCGCCACCUAUUAUUUUUGGAAAAUGGAUUAUUGGGCCGGCAUCAAGCGCGGCGCAUGGACGUUGAGAAUCGAUAACAAACUGCGCCGGUUUCGAUAUAAAUGGCGCAGUAAUGCUGUAGCGGCGCUGAUUAUGUUCAUCCUCGCGCUCAUAACGAACACCGUCGGACUAUUGUUAUUUGCUGUUAAAUUCGGCAUCGCCGCGAAUUCUUUCAAUAUCUACAUUAUCAGUUUGCUAACAGCGAAUAUACUUUAUCCGGGAUUAGGCAGCGUCUUAGACGUCAUUAACGACUUGUUUUCGGUGUGGUUUUUGGGUUGGUCUUGGUGCACGGUGUACCUGUACAUCGGCUGGACCAUACCCACCGUGCAGAUCUUCAUGCAUCUGGUCAUCACGGUUAAUCGUGGAUGCGCGGCGGCUUUCCCCAUUCGGUACCGGCAAUAUCAUAGUCAACGGGUGGCGGUGGCGUUGUCGGCGGGAGCAUGGUUAGCUGGACACACGCUGGUUUUGCCAGGGAUAAUUUUGGAUGCCACUUAUUAUCGAUUAUCAACUGAUGAAACCGUAAAAAUUUGCCACCUGGAUGCGUCAGUUACAAUCGGGCAGAAGACCUGGAUGAUGAUCAAUUUGUUCACUGCGUGCGCCGCGCUCUUCAUCAUCGUCGCCAUGUUUCCUUAUUUUCUCUACGUUAAACACCGAUCCCGAAAGAAAGUGCACCACAAUCUCAGUACGAUAAGCCGCAUUAGCAGAACGCACGACCCUCCAUCGGCAUAUCCAGCUGCACAAGCAACCAGACUCUCGGAUAACGAAACGUUCCAAGAAGGUUAUAGAAAAUCCAACAAGAGCAUCGUUCUGCUUACGACGCUGACAACCAGUCUCUUCUUAUUCUGGACACCUAGCGUGGUCUUCUUUGCACUUGUCCCGUUCCAGGACGAAUACAACGAUGUGGUGGGCAAUGUAUGCACCAUACUGCUGAACUGUCAACAUGUGCUGGAUCCCAUCUUAUUCGCGUUAGCACUCAGAGAGCGUAGACACCGUCCGGCUUGCAGCUGCUUCUAA